UGCAAAUUGGGAGCCUGAGAUUGACAAAAGUAACAAAACACCUGUCAAUUACACGAAUGAAUGAAGAGAUCAGUAUCCGACUCAUUUCUACUCAGAUUCCGAUGCGGAGCUUAUAGGAAACAAUACUCAACUUCGACCACCGCCAACCUCACGACCUGGUUCAACAAGUAUGUUGACCAAACAAGCAUCUCGUCUUGGAACACAGUCAUUGCCGAUUUUGCUCGAAGCGGCGAUUCCGUUGAGGCUCUUCGCGCCUUCUCAUCUAUGCGAAAGCUUGCUCUGCACCCGAAUCGUUCGACCUUUCCUUGCGCCAUUAAAUCCUGCUCUGCCCUUUUUGAUCUUCACGCGGGCAAGCAAAUCCAUCAACAAGCGUUAAUCUUUGGCUUUGAAUCGAACCUUUUUGUAUCGUCCUCUCUGAUUGACAUGUACUCGAAGUGUGGCGAGUUGAUGGAUGCAAGAACACUGUUUGAUGAAAUUCCUACGAGAAACGUGGUCUCUUGGACGUCCAUGAUUGUUGGUUACGUCCAAAGUAGCCAUGCCCACGAAGCAAUAUGCUUGUUUAAGGAAUUACUGGCUGAGGAGAGCGAGAAUGUAAUGGGCGAAGAAGUUUUGGUUGAUUCGGUCGCUCUAGCUUCGGUUUUAUCAGCUUGUUCUCGUGUAGGCUCGAAGAGAAUGACCGAAGUGGUUCAUGGUUUUGUUACAAAAAGGGGCUUUGUGGGGUAUUCAGGAAUCUGCAAUACUUUGAUGGAUGCAUACGCCAAAUGUGGGGAGCUAGAUAUUUCGAGGCAACUGUUUGACGGGAUGGGUGCAAAGGAUACUGUUUCUUGGAACUCUAUGAUUGCUGAAUAUGCACGACACGGGUUGUCUGCCGAGGCAUUCCAAAUUUUCAGUGACAUGGUAAAAUGCGGUAAUGUCAUCUACAACGCUGUGACAUUGUCUGCUGUAUUAUUAGCCUGUGCACAUUCAGGAGCUCUGCGAGUGGGGAAGUGCAUACAUGAUCAGGUAAUAAAGAUGGCUCUGGAAGACGAUGUGUUUAUAGGUACUUCUAUUAUUGACAUGUAUUGCAAAUGUGGGAGGGUUGAUAUGGCUAGGAAGGCAUUCGAUCGCAUGAAAGCGAAGAAUAUUAAGUCAUGGACUGCUAUGAUCGCUGGUUAUGGAAUGCAUGGCUAUGGUAAAGAUGCUAUGGAAGUCUUCUACAAGAUGAUAAGGUCAGGAGUCAAACCAAAUCACGUUACUUUUGUGUCAGUGUUAGCUGCCUGCAGCCAUGCUGGUCUUUUGGAAGAAGGCUGGCAUUGGUUUAAUAGAAUGUUCCAUGACUUUGAUGUUGAACCUGGGAUUGAGCAUUACUCAUGCAUGGUGGAUCUCCUUGGGCGUGCUGGUUACCUUAAUGAGGCCUAUUGUUUGAUAAAGGAGAUGAAGGUUAGGCCUGAUUUUAUAAUCUGGGGCUCCCUUCUUGGAGCAUGUAGGAUUCACAAGAACGUGGAGCUAGGGGAGAUCUCUGCAAGAAAAUUAUUCGAGUUAGACUCAAGUAAUUGUGGGUACUUUGUGCUACUCUCCAAUAUUUAUGCUGAUGCCGGAAGGUGGGAAGAUGUUGAGAGGAUGAGAAUAAACAUGAAGAGACAUGGAUUACUUAAAACCCCGGGGUUCAGUGUAGUUGAACUUAAAGGUAGGGUACAUGUGUUUUUAGUUGGAGACAAAGAGCAUCCUCAGCAUAAGACGCUUUAUGAAUAUUUGGACCAAUUGAAUAUAAAGCUGCAAGAAUUCGGCUACGUACCAAAUGUAACGUCAGUGCUUCAUGAUGUGGAUGAAGAAGAGAAAGGAAUGGUUCUAAGAGUUCACAGUGAGAAACUAGCUGUUGCCUUCGGAAUCAUAAAUUCGGUUCCUGGUACAACAAUCCAGGUGAUAAAAAAUCUUCGAGUUUGCAGUGACUGCCAUACUGUAAUUAAGCUGAUCUCCAAAAUAGUGAAUCGGGAAAUUGUGAUCAGAGAUGCCAAGCGAUUUCAUCAUUUUAAGGAUGGGCUAUGCUCAUGUGGAGACUACUGGUGACUGCAGUGAUAAUGAAGGGAAUAGGAAUAUUUGCUGUUGUUUUCUCCAUCAACGAGGCCUGAACAGAAGCAUAUUGCACAUGCCUUUAUAUUUACUUCGUAAUGAUACUCAUCUAAAUUGAAGACUAACCAAUUUGCUAAGGACUGA